AUGCCCCCCAGCCCUGGCCUGGUGAUCACCUUACGGCUGAGCUGGGAGCCAGCACCCAUCUAUAAUUCAGCAGUGCCGGCAGCAGGAUGCGGCGGGCGGGCAGGCACGGCAAGCAGGCCCAGGAGGGCAGCCCCAUGGAGAAUGGUGGGGGGCAGGAGCCAGAGACUCCCGAGCCACCUGCCGCUGAGGGCAUCCCCACCCCGACCACCCCGUCCCCGCCCCCGGUUGGUGUUUCACACGCAGCUGGCCCACGGAAGCCCCACGGGGCGCAUCGAGGGCUUCACCAACGUCAAGGAGCUCUAUGCCAAAAUCGCUGAGGUCUUUGACAUCUCGCACACCGAGAUCCUCUUUUGCACGUUGAACACGCACAAAGUAGACAUGCAGAAGCUGCUGGGGGGACAGAUCGGCCUGGAGGACUUCAUCUUUGCCCAUGUCCGGGGCGAGACGAAGGAGGUGGAGGUGACCAAGACAGAGGACGCACUUGGCCUCACCAUCACAGACAAUGGGGCUGGCUACGCUUUCAUCAAGAGAAUCAAGGAGGGGAGCAUCAUCAACCGCCUCCAGACGGUGUGCGUGGGCGACAGCAUCGAGGCCAUCAAUGACCACACCAUCGUGGGCUGCCGGCACUACGAGGUGGCCCGGAUGCUGCGGGAGCUGCCCCAGGCUCAGCCCUUCACCCUCCGCCUGGUGCAGCCCAAAAAGGCCUUUGACAUGAUCGGGCAGAGGACACGAAGCAGCAAGUCCAUGGGCGAGGGAAGAGUGACCAGCGGGAAGGAAACAUUGCGGCUGCGGGCGCAGGGCCCUGCCACGUUGGAGGAGGGG